ACGUAACUUGCGGUCACGUAGUCGCACUUUUAGAAAAGGUUGUAGAUAGCUUUAUUUCUUUAUUUGUAAUAUGUUUGUGGUUGAUAUAGGAGUUUACAUUUUUCUCGGUGAAACUUCAGAUCUGUCUUAAGCAUUAUUAACUGAAGGCUUGUUACUGUUUCGUUUGAAUUACACGACAAUUUAGAUGGAUCUAAGACAGAGAAAAGUUUGCCCUGAUCGCCUGGAGGAAGUUCAAGAAGAGGAUUCAUUUAAAGCGUUGUAUGUCAUCAUAUUUUCAAGUUCGGCUCAUCCAGAUACUGUUGCAUAUGUACUAGAUUUAAUUACCCGCUCACAACUCGAAGGUGGUGCAGAAUUACUCACACGUACUACACAUGCUGGGAAGGAGGGUAUUAUCCUUGAAAUUGGUGCAACUAUUUUUAGAUUGCUUGAAGCCGCAGAAGCGCUUGAAAUUACCAAAGAAGAUAAAAAUGGAAACAUUAAGGAAUUUGUAUUUAGUAACCUUGAAUUCUUUUUAAAGCCAGGUUUAGAUAUGAACAAUCUUUUGAGCACUGCUGAAAAACAAAGAAUUAUCUUGGAAGAAUUACUUGGCAUCAGGUCAAUGGAAAAACGAGCUCUCACUGGGUAUCCUAAUAUUCAGUUGUAUCCUGGACAGUCUAUAGUUCAAGUUUGUAAAAAUAAUCAUAUAAUUGAUUGCAUCUAUCCCCUUCAUGAGCCUUCAGAGUUAGAAACGUUGAAGAAAAACUGGUCCUUUACCAAAGUCCCUAUUGGUGAUGUCAGAAAUUACUUUGGUGAAGCUGUGGCAUUUUAUUUUACAUUUAUAUGCUUUUAUACAUGGGCUCUUUUACCUCCUGCUUUUGUUGGUAUGCUCCAAACUGUGAUAUCUUUUGAUAUAUCCCGAUCUCAUGUGCCAUUUGCAAUAUUUAAAAUGAUUUGGCUCACACUCUUUUUGGAAUACUGGAAGAGAAAAAGCAAUGAAUUAGCUUACACCUGGUGCACUCUUAGGUUGGUAACCAUUCCAAAACUUCACCCUACAUUUCGUGGUAGAUAUAUGGAAAUUGAUCCUGUCACCAAAUUAUAUGUGCCUGUAUACCCUGCUUAUCGACGACAUUUCAAGGUGUAUUGUAUUUCUUUGCCUUUAGUGACCAUGUGUCUGCUUUUUGCAGUGGUUAUUAUGUUCAUUUAUUUUCAAAUUGAAAAAUAUGUGAUAAAUACUUAUGAUGAUGGGAGCCUUUUUGGUUAUAUCCUCACUCAAGUGCCUGGCAUAGUUUAUGCUAUUAUUGUUUAUGUGAUGAAUGUGAUAUAUGCAUACAUUGCAAAUAUUCUUACAGAAUGGGAGAAUCACAAGACUCAAGAUUCCUUUGAUAACCACCGAAUCGUUAAAUUGCUAUUGUUUGAAUUUGUGAAUAACUUUAUAGCCAUGGGAUAUAUAGCAUUUUAUGAGCAGGAUUUAAAUAUGCUGAAGUGGCAAAUUGCUGUAAUGAUGGUAGUAAACCAGCUUUUUAACCAGUUUCAAGAAGCUAUUUUGCCAUAUUUGUUGCAAAAGUAUCAGAAAAAGUGGAAAGAAGAAGACACAGCUGAUUUGUUUCCUAGAAUCAAAGAAAUAUUAGAACAACGUAAAAUGUGGACCUAUGAAGGAACCUAUGAUGAUUACUUAGAAGUUUUCACACAGUUUGGCUAUGUGUUUUUAUUUUCCUCUGUAUUUCCUCUUGCUGCUGCCCUUGCUGUUUUAAACAACAUCAUUGAAAUGUGGACUGAUGGAUUGAAAUUGUGCUAUUCUUAUCAAAGACCUCAAGCUCGGCCAGUGAAAGGGAUUGGAGUUUGGCAGCUGGCUUUUGAAGUUCUGGGCCUCCUGGCUGUUAUGAGUAAUUGUGCUUUAAUAACCAUGUCUCCAAUAAUAAGAUCUUAUGCUCCUGAAAUGUCUUUGUCAUCAUGGUUACUUGUUGCUGUUGUUUUUGAGCAUGUCAUUAUUGGAAUCAAAAUGACUUUGUCCUAUUUAAUAUCUGAUGUGCCAAAAUGGGUUACAGUCGCUAUUCAAAGAGCUCAGUAUGAAUCUCUGCAGGUUUUAAAAAUGGAUCGCAAAAUUAAGACAAAAGAGAUGUUAAAAUCAAUGAAGCUUAAGAAUCCCGAGAAACUUGAAUGAAGAAUAGUUUUCUUGUAGGUAUGCUCAUCAUGGUCUAUGAGUGAACAUACUAAGCUCAAACCACCGUCAAUUUUUAAGGUUGUGCCACUUCAAUGUAUAUUUUAUGUAAGAAAAGGUUUUUCACAAAGAUAUCAAGUAUUUUUGUCAAUUUUCGCUUAAAGAUUUGUCCAAUUUUACACUAUUUCUCUGACUGUUAACAGUAUAUUUAUGUAAAAAGAGAGCUCAACUUUUGAUUAUCUAUUUUUUUUAAAUUCAUUCUGUAGCAAAUCUUUUAUCAUAACUGUACUCAAAUUAACAUGAUUUAUUUUCUCUUUUUCUAAAUUAAUUUCAUUCAUAAUAAAGUAUCCUUAUGAUUUCUUAGUUUUGGUUCCGGUUUUAAACUUUAAUUGAAGUAAAAUUAAACUAAUUAUUGUUUUUUUGCCCCUAUUCAAAUAUUUAAAGAACUUUAUACUGUUUCUUUUAUUAAGUUAAGGCAAGCAAACACCCUAAUUUUCCAAAAAAAUGGAUUUUGAGAAAUUCAGAGAACCUCAGUGUUUGUCUUUCUAAAUCCGCAAUUGUUUUUUAAAUCGAUGAAUUAUUGAGAAAACUCGAAGAAAUUUACUAAACUCAAUUGUAGUGCUUAAAACUGAAAUUUACUUUUCUUUUUUGAUUUUCUCAUAACCAUGUUUACAAUGUUUUUAUUCAUGCCAACAACUCUAGAGAAAAAAGUAUUAACUCUAAAGAUUUGAAACUUUGCAAACAUGGUAAUUGAACACAUUACUGUGAUAUAAACCUCAAAAAGUUAAUGUGCAUGCAAUAUGUGGUUUUUAAAUAAUGAUCAAUUGAACUUAGAUGGUAAAAAGCACAUUUUUCAGGGGAAAUUUUCAAACAUUUACCCAUAAAACCUGUUUUUAGUUAAUUAUUUCUAAAUUAGAGGGUCAUAUCACUCUCUGGCAUCUCACAAAGAGAUAGACACAAAAAGUUUCAAAAAUAAUGAAAAAGUGAAUGCACUGGAAAUGUUAAGGUAAUGGUAGUUUUUUGCUAAAAAUAUGGCUUUAAAAAAAAAAAAAAAACUAUAGAUUUUUUUUCAACAAAUAUGCAGUCAAAAUGUGUUAUUUAUCUCAUAUUUAAAUAAUCGUAUAAAGUUUUAGAAAGGUGCAUUGAAUAUUGAAGAAAAAAAUAUUUAAGGUGUUCGCCUACCUCGUAAUUACAGUCAAUUCAGUUUCAUCAAUUUCGUUGGUUUAUUUUGUUUAGUAUUUUGUAUAAAAUGUACCAAAUGCUUUUUGUCAAAACACUUGGGUCAAAUUUAUAUUAUAUGAUCAUAUAUAAUAUUUCAAUUUGUGUUCUUGUACAACUUUUUCUAUGAGUGCCCUUUAUGCUACAUUAAGUUUUUGAAAUUUCUUUGUCUAGUCUUUAUUUUGUAGAAUUUCUAUCUAAUGUGAUGAGUACAAAUUCGCACAAACAUUAGCUAUUGGAUUAAAUUAAUGAUUUUCUACAUUAUUAUGUGUUAAGCAAUUAUUUUAUUAUUACAGUCGACGCUCAUUAUAACGACCACACAUUAUAAAGACCGUCCCAUUAUAACGACCAGUGGUAGAAGUCCCAACUUUGUUCCUAUAAACUCUAUGUUAAUUUGCUUUCGUUAUAACGACCGUUCUGUGUCGUCUAAUCCAAUACAGCGACCGAAUCAGUGGACGCUAUUUCUUGUGUUCUUUCCAAUAAAACAAAUUUGUAGCUUAAAAUGACAUUGAUUAUUGUUUACGGACACCUGCCUGAAGUUUUCAGUGUCAAAUCCAACUUUAAGAGGGGGGGGGAGGAGAUUACCAUUCACCACAGCUAGCACAGAAAAAAUAAUGGGAGGAAAAAUCGAGAAAAUUCCAGAUUCCUAAGAAAAGGAAGUUGACAGAUGUAUUGGUAGUUUGGUGUUUGAAUCUAGUAUUUUUAAAGAUUUGGGGUUCUCGAGGGACUUUUAAAUGUUUCUUUGGAAAGCAAGAGAAACACAAUUUAUCACCUAUAUCUGAAACAGAAAAUAAUGUUUUGCAAAAAUCACGUCUGCUAAAAAGGCAGACCUCUGUUUCUGGUUUUAUCUUCAGAAAUUGUUGUGGUAGUAGUAGUAGUAGCAGAUCUGAAAGUGUGUAACAUUUUCCUCCCUAUAUUUUCUACUUUAAAACUUGUUUAAUAUUAGGUCAUAAUAUUUUGCACACUACUUUUCUAAAAAUUCCUAUGAUAAAAAGCAUUUGGGCAUUUACUUGGGCAUGCAUGAUGACGGUGUACAUUUUUUUAAUUUAUACCUCUUAUAACGACCACUCGUUAUAAAGACCUUUUUCUCUGGGACGGAGAUGGUCGUUAUAUCGAGCGUCGACUGUAUUAUUAUUUUACAUUUAUCUUCCAAAAGGAAUGUUAUAUGUAUGCAAAUUUGAGAAAAAAAUAUAUGCUGCAAAAAAACCAUUGAUACAACUAUUAACUAUUGAAAAGAUUCAUGUUGUUUUGCUUUGGAUUUGAAUGCAUUAAAAAUAAGUCUGUAUUACAAAUCAAAAAUUUUCUGAAUAUUUUGUCAAAUAUAAAUAAUAGGCUCUACAAAUUCAUUGAAUUAUUAUUUAAGUGCAUCCUUUCAAAGAUUUCUAUAUCUUAACACUCAUAUUACAAGUCUCCUCUGUAAGCAAUUUGCCUUUAUUUAAUAAUAACUGUAUUUUAAAAUGAAUUAUCUGAUUCAUGAAUUAUCUUUUUUCCCUUUAUGUUUUUGUGAUUUCCAUAACCAUUCAUGUUACACAACUUAAUACUAAAAGGCCAAAUAAACUUUUGUGGGAUCUAGUCAAUUUUGCAUGAAAUUGAACUUAUAUAUUGAAUAGUACUUAAAACACUUAAGUAUUCUCUAUUUUGAAAUUUUUUUAUCAACUGAAUGUUGACUUUUGUUGUUUUAAUAUUUUAUUGCUUAUGUAUAAUUGGAAAAUAAAUUUUUGAACUAUC